AGACAACAUGAGUAACACACCCCUGCAAGACCUGCCCUUACAGGGUGUGUCCUCAGCAAGUGUCCAGACCGUGACCUCCAGGACCCUCCUCCAGCCCACCACAGACCCUUCUGCCUCCAGAAGAGUCAGCUUCUACAGGAGUGGGGACACUCAGUUUGGUGGGCAUCACAUGGUCAUCAAUGGCCGCACCUUCAAGACCUUCGAUGCCCUUUUGGACACUUUGUCCAAGAAAGUGCCUUUGCCCUUCGGGGUGCGCACCAUCACGACACCGCGUGGGACGCACCCUGUGAGGACUCUGGAAGACCUCCAUGACGGUGGGUCCUACGUAUGUUCCGAUCAGAAGCGGGUCAAGCCCCUCAACCUCGACGUGGUCAACCGGAGGCAGGUGCCUUGGAACACGACAAGGCUGGUGAGUGCUGGCCGGAGAAAGCAGAGGGGUGUCCCCGCAGUGCCACCGGGGAGAAGGAACAAAGAGGUUAACAGGCCGUCUAGGAUGGCCGAGAGCAGGCUGGCCGUGCGGACACCAAAGAGACUUGUGGUCUUCAAGAAUAGGGACCCUAAUGUCUGGCGCACCAUCAUGUUGCAUAAGAGAACUGCCCCUUCCUUCGACGCCUUGUUGGAUUACCUUUCUCAGGUUCUGCAGUUCCGUGUCGUCAAGCUAUACACAUCAGAUGGCAGGAGGGUUGACGGUCUCCCUGGACUCAUUCUAUGCUCCGGGGUGAUUGUUGCAUCAGGCAAUGAGCCCUUCAGACCUGGAAACUACGAUCCUCAGAGAUCCUCACAGAUGGCCCAGCGGAGCAACUCAGAGUCAGUGGAAGCCUCCAGGUUGCAGCCCCUGACUUACAAAAAUAGAUCGUCCUCCAGCGGAACAAGGUCGAGAAAUUUCUCCUUGUCGUCAGAGAGAUACGUUGUGAAUCAGAUAAACAAGUCGUCGAACGGAAGUUCCAACGGCCAUCGAGCUCAGCGGUCAAUCGAGGCAGACAUCGACCACCGCGGUCAGGGGUCAGUGGACAUGGAGACCUGUGCAGGGCCAGAGAGCAGACAGCACACCUCCAUCGUGCCGCAGGACGACGACAUCGAGAAGUCCUUCCGGGUCAACGAAGACGGCAGCAUGACCGUGGAGAUGAAGGUCCGACUGACCAUCAAGGAGGAGGAGAUGAUCCACUGGACGACCACUCUAAGCCGCUCCAGCCUCAGCAACCACCAGAGGACACUGUGUGCUUCCAAGUCCGGCUCGGUCAACAGCUCCCCUGACUCCAACGACGCCCUGCCCAAAGACUCCACGGCCGCCAGUGAGGACGGGGAAGACGAAACCAAAGAGGACAACCGUCCGACCAGGACAGCAAAGGGGGUGGCCUUCGCUAAGGAGGGAGGCUACGACAAAUGCACGGUGGCGGCCGUGGGCGGGCCCAACUCGAGGAGGACCCCGACGCCGGGCAUCAGCAACGCGAGGAGGAAGAGAGCCUCGGUGGAGAGUGUGAAGGUGGUGACCGAGAACGGAAUUCAAGAGAGCACCACGGGCACCUACUCUUACACGGAGAGGAACGCAGAUGGGGAGAUGACAGAGGGGUACUGUGUGGUCAGACAGAACACCAGCAGCAGCAGGCCGGUGCCCAAGCCCAGACAAACGGGGUCGGCGGGGCCCAGAUGUAACGGCUCUCAGUCCCCCCUCAAGUCGUCGGGGGUCGCUGAGGUACUCCAGAUACAGGGGGAUGGGAUGGAGAUCACGGAGACCGUGAUGCACAUUUACGAGGGGCAGGGCUGCUACGACAACUAUUUUGCGAAUUCCCAGUAUUCCAUGGAGGGAGGGCCUGAGAACAUGCCCCGGAGUAAACCAGCAUCCACAGACUCUGGGCCACGUUCAUCCAGCAAUGAUGUGGAUUUCACCAGGCAGUCCUCCAGCACCGACUCACAGCACAGAGGGAGAGAGGAAAUCUUGUCUUUGUCAUCGGAGCCCAUGUCUCCCUUACAAAAAAUGUGCAAUAACCUCUCCCCUUUUACUGACAAUGAGGCCCACACCAUGGCAGGCUCACGGACACGUUCUCCUCCCAAGGACACGGAAUGCCUGAAGUCAGGGUCAGAAGAGACCCCAGGUAAAGUAGAGAAGAAAAAGAAGACAGUUAAGAUGAAACCAAAGCUGAAGAGUCCAACUUCAACGACCAGCUCGGAUAAGAAACAAAAGGACAACGUAGCAAGCUCUUCAAAGAGUACCAAAACGAAUUCCUCACCCGACAAGAGUAGUACCUCAGGAAAGAAAAGUGGGACUGGAACAGAAAGUGAUAAAAACCUUCAGAACGGUCCUAAAACUGAAAAAGUUAAGAAAAAACACAAAGCAAGUGGAGUUGAAACUACCACCACGAAAAAUAAAGGUUUGGCACUAAACAUAGACAACGUGAAUGGGACGUCUUCUAAAAAACAGCUAAAUAUGAAUAAAAAAGGAGCUAGGGAUAGCUUACUUAAUGUAAAUACACCCGAUUCAGGAGUAGUGAGACCCGCAAUGAAGAAGAACAUGUUAAACAUUUUAUCUCCCAAACACCUUGGACAGGGCAAAAAGAAAAUCACAAAGCAGAAGUCCAUGAACGAGAACAGACUAGCAUCUCCAAAACUGAAUUCAGAGUUGAGUGAGAGUGUAUCCAUGCCCGCCCUUCCCUCUGCACCAUCAGAUGCCCAAGAGUAUGUGGAAAACUGGCUUCAGAAAAUCACUGCAGAGCCUGUGCCCUACGCAGAAGAGGUAGCCUCAGCCGAACCCGAGCACGGAACUAAAGUUAUUUUCCAAAUAGGUGCCGAGUCGGAGUCAGAAGUUAAGGCCGAAGAAGGGCAAGAUUCCACAGGAGAUGGAUGUCUUCCACACAAAGAAAUUCAUAAAUCCAUGUCCUGUUUAUCGGUUCCCGUUGCCUAUGAGGCACCACCCUCAGAUUUACUAAAUACACAGGCUGCACAGAGAAAGGGGCUUUGUAUUUCAAUGCCAAGCGUCCGAAUAGACCCCAAAGAACAAGAAAGCCGACUGAGGAUGCACAAAUCAGCGGCGGCCAUCGUAGUAGAGCGCGAAUCCCCUCCCACGACCAACCACCUGAGCCCCACGGCGACAAUAAGACCUGUCUUACGACAGCUUUGUUCAUCCAUCCAGUCCUUAAGAAGGGCCUCUGGGCCUGACAACCUCACCAGCCUGGAGAAGUCCCACAGCGUGCCUGACUUCUCAUCGCAGGUGCCGUCGGUGUUCGGAUCUCCAUCGAAAGCUCUCCUCUCGUUCCUGUCUGUGAGGACCCUCCGAGAGAGCUUGAAGGGCGACUCCUACGCGGGCAACUCACGAAGCGGCUCGGAGGCCCUGCUGGUGAUGGAAUCCCUGCAGAAGAUUUCCGCCAUCGGUGACGAGGAGGAGCUGAGAGCGAGCCUCUCGGAGCUCCAGAGCAGGACCUCCUGUCAGUUGAGGCAAAGCUGGAAGGACUUCCAGGAGCAGCGCGACAUGCUUGAAAGCCAACCUCUUUCUCCCAAGUUUUCGGAGCAAGAAUUCGCCCUGGACGUGGCCUCUGAAGUUGGCGAGGAUCACAGCAGUCACAUGUUUGACAUGGAGCAGCUCAUGGAGGAGCUGGAUAUGCCCCAAGAACUCAGAGAGCAGCUGUCAACCUUGGUUGGGGCCGGGCCAAAAAUGUACCCUCAAUAUGAGACUGACGUGAGCUGCGCUGAAACUCUGAAAAACAGACGUCACUCUGACUCGGAGGAAGAUCUGGAAUUAUUUGCUGGGGAACGCAAUAAGGCAUCAGAGGUCGAGGCAGGGCCUGAGGACAGUCAUGUAGGCCGGGCUGUACAGGAGGAGGAGGGAAGGGAGCGUAGCAGUGUUGAGCCUGAGGAGGGCGAAAAUCCACACAACGUUCAUGAGGAUUUGGUUGAGAAAGAGGCAGGUGACACUGAAACAGUGCAACAUUCAGAACAUCACACAGAGUCUGAUGAAGGUGGAUUAACAGAAGCUGACAGGACAGAAUCAAACAGAGAAGAAAGAGCUGACUGCAGAUCCACGACAGCAGAUCGACAAGAGAAACUGUCUCUGAAGUCGGGUUCAGACCAGGGCAAGUCAGAUGCAGAAGUAGGUAGUUUAGCUGAAGCUGUACAAUCAGGUGAGGAAGAUACUGGUCACCUAGAACCAGAGCACCCAGCUAAACAGUCAGAAGAUGACGUCAAUGUCUGUGACUCAGCCGGAUCUGAGCGUGAGGAGGAGAAAGAGGUGGAGGAGACCCAGGAAGAGGGAGAGGACGGAGAUGGAAACACGGAACAUGGAGAUGAGGGAGAGGGGGGUGAAGGCGUGGAGCAGGAAAGAGUUGAGGAAGAUGAAGAUUUGGUGGUGGAGACAGAUGAGGUGGAGGACAUGGAGCAACUGCAGGUGGAGGCAGAGGAAGAGGUGAAUCAGAUGGAAGAGGAUGAGGACAAGGAGGAAGUGCAAAGUGACGGGGAGGACAUGCUUAGGGGAAUAGUGGAGGAGGAAGAAGUGGCAAAGGAGAUAGAGGAGGAUGAAGACAGGGAGGAAGAAGGGAACAUGGAGGAAGAUGAGGAAAUGCUGGGGGGCAGGAGCGAUGCGGAGGAGAGGGGAGAGAGAUGGGAUGAUGAGGAAGAGAGAGACGAGAAGAGGGUGGAUGAGGAAGAGAUUGAGGAGGAAGGGGAGGAAGAGAGAGACGAGAAGAGGGUGGAUGAGGAAGAGAGUGAAGAGAAGAGAGAGGAAGAGGAAGAGAGUGAGGAGGAAGUGGGGGAAGAGAGAGAAGAGACGGGAGAGAUUGAGGAGGAAGGAGUGGAGGAAAAGGAGGCGGAAGAGAAGAGGCAGGAAGAGGAUGAGGAGGUGCCAGAGACAGGGAGCGAAGUCGAGGACGGGGAGGAGACAUGGGAGGAUGAGGACGUUAAAGAAGAGGACGUGGAUGACACGCGGGAGAAGGUGGGGGAUGAGGAUGAGAGAGGGGAGGAUGAAGGAGAGAAUGUAGAGGAAGUGGAUGAAACACAGGAGAAGGAUGGGGAGGAGGACGAGAGAGGGGAGGAUGAAGGAGAGAAUGUAGAGGAAGUGGAUGAAACACAGGAGAAGGAUGGGGAGGAGGACGAGAGAGGGGAGGAUGAAGGAGAGAAUGUAGAUGAAGAAGAGACGCAGGAGGAUAGACUAGAGGUACAUGAGAGGGAGGAGGAUGAGGAAGAGGAGGAAGAGGAGAGGGAAGGGGGACAGAGCGAAGGAGAAGAGAGGGGAGACGAAUGUGAGGAUGAGGAAAAAGAGCAAGGGGAGCACGAGGAAGAGAUACAAGACAACGAGGAGGACGAGGAAGAGAGGGAUGAGGAGCACAGAUGUUCAGCUGAAUCUGAUGUUGAGAAUUUAGUCAAAGCACGCACCAUUACAAAGAUACUCGAAGAGGCCACUUACAUGGAAGAGAAGAGUAGCUGUGAAGAGAGUAAAAAUAGCAUCGAAGAGGCAGAGACAAAUAUAUCUAAAGAUGGAGAUUUGAAUUCAGGUUCAAACAACUCAUCACUUGAGAUCAAAGAAUUGGAUGGACAGGGCACGGACACGGCGAAUGAGCUGAAAACGGAAGGAGAGGAAGAUGAAGAGGAUGAUAAAGAGCGCAACCACAGUACUUUACCUCACCCGGUGGAGAUAUCACAGGAACUGCUUGACUUUGUCAACUCUGCCCUGAUGUCAUCCUCCCUGACCUUUACAUAUGACUCCAAAGGCAAUAUCCGAAUUGAACCCGAUAGUGCCCGUAUUGUACCAACAAAAGAAAUUCUCAUUCCCAAAAAGAGAGAGGAUAGUCAAUAUGGGAAAAAACGUCUUCCAAGUCCCAACACGUCCGAUCUUUCUGAUUACAGACCGGAGACCUCAGAGAGCGGAGGGUACAAGUCCCAGGUGUCUACAGACCUCUCUACCGAGAGCGGAGAGGAAGACUCGGAGGCCCACUCUUCUGUCCGAGGAAAACAUACAUUCAAUACUUCUAAUGGAGGCCUGAACAGGGAGCUCACACCCUCUAAAGUAUCUACAGGAAGUAAAGCGGAAAUAUUUAAUCCCAGACUAAAAAGUGGAGGGAGUUUUACCUCUUAUGACUCUAACCCUAGAGCCUCAGCUGAAGACUUGUCCUAUUACAGUGCUGGAAGCUCAUCCAAACCUGACCCAGAGCCUGUGCGGAGCAUCCCUUUACAAACAGACGUUGAGUCUGGUGAUGGGGUUCUGAUAGACCAGGGCAGGUGGCUCCUCAAAGAGAACCACCUCAUCCGCAAAUCCCCUCCCGUCUCCACGGGGAUGUACAGCAAUCUAGACAACACGUCGGGAGACACGGCUCGAAGCAAUUCGAGCGAGGACCUUCCUCACAACCACUGUGCGAACCAACAUUCUGCGCUUGCUGUCCUCUCGUCCUCGGAGCUGGAGGAGAUGGCUAAGCCCGCCACUCCCAACUGCUCCUACUACAACUUGCCCCACGGCAGCGACUCGGACCCUUUCCAGGACAACCUCAGCGUCGGCAGUGGGAGGGUCGAGUCCCGGAUGAAAAGAGAUGUCAGGGUGUCGCCGACCAUCGACACCUCCAAGACGUGGGUGAAGAAGAACGGCAGCAUGUCGUCGUUUGCGUCCGUGGAGUUCAAGAUGGCCGACGGGAAAGUGCACCCCGAGGUCAGAGACUCCAGGGAUUCGCGCCUGGCUGUGGAACAACCCAGCCGCUCUCAGAACGUAGUGAGGAGGGCACUGCCAUCACGGGAAUCCCUGGAGUCUCUGCAUGUCAACUGUGGGCAGUACUGUCCUAUACUGUAACGCCUGCGCCACACUCCUGAUUCCACACUGUGUCUGUGAUAGUGGCGUGGUAUUCCGGAUUUAGCUGGUAGUUGUUUUAAAAUGGUUGAAGUCAUAGUACUCCUUAUAAGGACUUAUACUCUCUGCAGACAAGCAGUCGUGUGUGUGUUUGUGUACAGAACUUCUGCAGCUUAAUCUUAUUUCCUGUGUGUGUGGCGACUUAAGAGAGACGUGCCUCAUUUUUAUUUCCAGAUACAUUGUGUCUGAACAUCAUCCAUCUUACUUAUUUUUGUAAAACAACAGGAUGUUGAAUGACAUGGUGCAGCACAGCUAUAAUGCACAGUGUAUUGUAUUGUACUUCUAAGUCAUCUGAUGGGAAGCAUAUUUAAAUCUGUCUACAAAGCCAAAGAAAUUAACGAUUGAUUGACCUUUGAAGGUAGAAUUGUCUACUUUUCAUCUUUGUUCACGGUGAAUUGUAAAUACAGUAUGGAGCAUUGUUUUUCCUUUCAGUCCAGGUCUUGGCAAAAAGGCAAUAUUUAUAGAGCGCUACUGAGAUUUACAAUACAAAGUAAGAGAAAACUAACACAGCGCAUCAGACAUUAUAUGUACAGUAUACUCUUAUGGCAGCUUUUGUCAACAACUGUAUAGCUACUCAUUUCCUUUGAAAAUACGGAAU